UUCCCGCCCGCCAUUUCGGGAGCUCUGCGUGGGCGGGCGGCGCCCCCUGGCGCCCCACAGCCGUCCUGUCCCGGCUCGGCCCGGCGGCCAUGCAGUCUGCGUUCGUCACCGUGGGCACCACCAGCUUCGAUGAGCUGAUCGCCACGGCCCGCUCCCCGCCCGCGCUGCAGGCGCUGCAGAGCCGUGGGGACCAGAAGCUGGUGCUGCAGGCGGGCCGGGGCUCGCUGCCGCAGCCCAGCAGCAGCCCGGCCGUGGCGGUGGAAGCGUUCCGGUUCAAGGACUCGCUGGCUGAGGAGCUGCAGAGCGCAGACCUGGUCGUCAGCCACGCAGGUGCUGGUAGCUGCCUGGAGACUCUAGAGAAAGGAAAACCACUAAUAGUAGUAAUAAAUGACAAGCUGAUGAACAACCAUCAGCUUGAGCUGGCCAAACAGCUGCACAGAGAUGGCUGUGUCCUCUACUGUAACUGCAAGUAUGGAGCUGCUGGGGCUGUUCCUGCUGGGCAAGAGCAUUCAGUCCAUGUGACUGCACAGCUGAGAACGCGGCAAGGAAAUUUACAUCCUUCUCUGUCAUCUCCAUCUGGAUACAACAUUUUCCAGAGUGAAUAGACUAACACUACGUAGAAAUUUACCACACUUACCAAGCCUUUUUACCACGACCUCUUAUAAUUAUUUUUUUCCAUUUGAGGUAACAUGUAUUUAGAUUAAAAAAAGAAAAACACUUCGAUUCAGGGGAUUAAUAAAGCAGAUAUAGAUAUUAUCUGGUUAGUAACUUUAAAUACCCCUGUCUUUCAAGUACUCAUUCAGGCUGCCCUUUUAACCAAACUUCCUUAAUCCACCAUACCAUCUGACAAGGAGUUUCACAGAUCUACUGCCUGUCACUUCAGGAGAAAAAUUUAAACUAAACUAACAAAAACACACAAAAAAACCCCUACCCCACAAACAAACAAUGUGUGAAUAAAUCCCACCAUCACCAAAACUCCUACCUUCUUUUUUUACAGUUCAUCCUGACUCCUGUUGGGUUCAUUUCUUCUCCUGGUUUUGACUGUAUCUU